AUGACUUGUAUCACUGUCCAACUGUAGAUAGACCAGCAAAGGUGUGGAGGAGAGAGAAAAAUCGAAAGCAUUCGAAAUGCAGUUGAGCGAAAAUGAGGGAAUCGAAGGGAAGACGAUGGUGGUGACUGGUGGUUUGGGCUACUUGGGUGCUUCUCUCUGCCUCGAGCUUCUCCGACGAGGUGCUCGCCAGGUCCGAUCCCUCGACCUCCGUUCAGUUUCACCUUGGUCCUCUCAACUCUCUCUCAAUCCUGCCUUUCUUCACGUCCGAGGGGACAUUACGAGCCAAAAGGAUGUCAAGAAGGCUCUAAAAGGGGCGGAUUGCGUUUUCCAUGUUGCUUCCUAUGGCAUGUCGGGUAAAGAAAUGCUUCAAAAUGGUCGUAUUGACAAUGUUAAUAUAAAUGGAACCUGCCUUAUACUGGAUGCAUGCAUGGAUUUUGGGAUCAAGAGGCUUGUCUAUGUGAGUACUUGCAAUGUUGUUUUUGGGGGAAAAGAGAUCAUCAAUGGGGAUGAAACUCUGCCUUAUCAACCUCCAGAUUACCAUGCUGAUCCUUAUGGCCGCAGCAAAUCCAUUGCUGAACAGCUAGUCCUGAAAUAUAAUGGUCGCCCUUUCAGGGAGAAAAAUGGUGAACAUCUUUACACCUGUGCCAUUCGUCCUGCUGGUAUAUAUGGACCUGGUGAAGAGAGACACUUUCCACGGAUAGUGAAUUUUGCAAAGUUAGGUCUGGUGGUAUUUAGAGUUGGUGAUCCAACUAUUAAAUCAGACUGGGUUUAUGUGGAUAAUCUUGUAGUGGCUCUUCUAUUGGCAAGUAUGGGGCUUUUAGAUGAUAUUCCUGGGAGAGAGGGAUGCCCUGUAGCAGCUGGACAGUCAUACUUCAUCUCUGACGGGUGUCCAGUUAAUUCUUUUGAGUUCGUCCGUCCUCUUUUGAGGAGCCUGGACUAUGAUCUACCAAACACCUCAUUGAGUUUACCCUCGGCUCUUGUGGUUGGAAAUAUAUUUUUGGUUGUCUAUACCAUUCUUUACCCAUGGCUUAACAAAUCAUGGCUUCCACAACCAUUGCUUCUUCCUGCUGAAGUAUACAAGGUUGGUGUUACACAUUAUUUCUCGUUGCUAAAAGCCAAGAAGGAGCUGGGUUACAUUCCAAUGGUGAGCCCCGAAGAAGGCAUGGCAGCAACGAUUUCAUACUGGAAAGAUAGGAAGAAGAGAAGCCUAGAUGGGCCUACGAUAUAUGCAUGGAUAUUCUGCGUGUUUGGAAUGUCUGCUCUGAUAAGUGUCGCCCUCUUUCCAGAUUUCGGUCCUCUUUCACCCAUAAAAACUCUGGCUCUCUUCUUUUAUCAAUCAAUACGUAAUAUACGGAUAAUUAGCUUUUUAGCUGUAGGGGCACAUGUUGCAGAGAGCAUUUACGCAUGGCACCUUGCCAAAAAAGUGGAUCCUGCAAAUGCAAAGGGUUGGUUUUUGCAGACUUUUGUUUUGGGGAUCUUCUCGUUGCGUUUACUGUUGAAAAGGGCUCGAAACUAGCUAAGCCAGCUUCUAUGCUCAAAUUUUUAAAGCAUGUUUGAGAUUUCAUAUCAUUUAGCGUGGACAUACAUAUGAUAUUCAAGUAGUCAAGCACACUUGAAGGAUGUUGCUUUGCUUGUGUUUCACUGUCUUUUGUAAACUUUCUUUCACUAGCUUGAUUGAUGGCACUUCCCGUUGUAUACUUUUUGUUAUGAUCUCAAAGUACAUGAUGUAAAAUGUAAUUAGUAUUGGGCUCGAGCGAUACCUUGAGUUAUUACAGGGAUAACAAUUAUUCUGUUACAUGGAAUUGAUAAUUGAUUUUUUUUAUA